AUGGAAGCUCGAACCUUCAGCGCGAUUCUACUGUUUAUCUUGCAAGUGCUAUUGCUGCAGUCUGUUCAGGCUCUCAAUGUUCACGAACGUCGCAGUCAAGAUAUCAUGAGCCUAAAUGGAAUCGCCUGGCAUGAAAGCUGCAAUAGCCCGAAUCCGCAAAACAACCAAGAAACAAAACGUGCUGCUGUAGAGCGAGCUUGGGCCGGUGCUCUUGAGCUUAGCAGCUCGGCUUGGACACGAUUUGAAACCGUAACGUGGCCGACAAUUCGACAAACGGAAUUGAAUUCAAUUGCGCAGCAUCACAUCAACAUACAUGAUCCAGGAUACGUUCUACUAUUUGCGCUCGAUUCGUCCGAAGAUGGCAGAGAGGAAAUUGAAAGCAUAUUGAACAACCUACACAUGCGGGCAAAUGCAAAUUUAGGGGAGAAUAACCGCCCAAUUGAUGGCUAUAUCCAGAUCAGAUGCUCAGACGUAUAUGUUCUUCGCGGAACCGAUGAGUGUGAGGAUGCCUCGGCGGCAACUGAGUCAUACGAACAUCAAAACACCGGCGUCAUCAAUUUCUGUCCGGAUUUCUGGAAAAGGCCAAGAUUCGAUCAAUUGAAAUCGGGGGAUCCAAUGCAAGUGCUAGAAUUUUAUCAUAACCCAGACUACGCGGGCACAGAUGCGAAAACUGUUGUGCAUGAGCUCAGCCAUAUCUGGUGGAUUGGAGAUACUAAUUCUCACGUUCCUGAAGUGUAUGGACUCGUGAACUGUGCAGAAGAGGCAUGGAUGUGUGAUGAUCCGGUUCCUGACAACCGUCAUGUUGUUCAGAACGCUGAUACCUAUGCAUUCUACGCCGAAUUUGGAUACUGGGUAGAGAAAGGUAUACACAAUCUCUGGCCUCCGACUGAACGAAACCCUGUGAGAUUUCCCGUCCGGAAUUACUGA